AUGGUUGGCGUGGAAAAGGACGUUUUCGAGCCGCGAAUCAUCCGCACGAUGAAUUCACAGGCUUUGGGAAUUUCGAACUCACUCUCCAGCCAGCCGUCGUCCCUUUCGCACUCACCCGCGAAUUUGCAGCCGAGGCGAGGAUCGACGGCUAACGCCAAUUUUAUGGCACCCAGUGUGUCCCCAACGGCGUCCUCGACGACUCCGUCAGUCAACUACCGUGUGGCUCAAGCUUGCGACCGAUGCAGGUCCAAGAAGAUUCGUUGCGACGGCAAGCGGCCUCAGUGUUCCCAGUGUGCAGCAGUGGGCUUCGAAUGCAAGAUCAGUGACAAACUUUCGCGUCGUGCGUUUCCUAAAGGCUACACUGAAACGCUGGAAGAACGUGUGCGUGAACUGGAGGCCGAAAACCGCCGGUUGGUUGCCCUGUGCGACCUUAAAGACGAACAGCUUCACUUAGUAUCGCGUUACUCGUCCAAAUCGCAUCCAGGAACCUCUUCGUCAACAGACGAUGACCAGCUUUUACAGCAGCUAAGCUCCUCUGAUGGUGGGUCGCUUCGUGUCAGCUCCACUAAUCUAUAUCUACUGAACAAGACUUCGCCGUCAGAACAACCUAAUAGCGGCUCCCACAGGUGCCAAGGCACUAGCUGCAGCCAUUCUUCUCAUCCCUUUUUGCACGAGAAACCAGUGAGCACGACUCUUAGCGACCCACUUGCUAUCUCUUUCGAGCAAAACGAGGCGCCUGGGCUGCCUGCUGUCAAAGCUCUUUCGUCAAUGGCCAAUCAUGAGUAUUCUAAUCAACUAGCAUGCCUUGUAGCGCUGUCCAUACCGCGUUCGACAGAAGAAAUCCUGUUCAUCCCUCAACUCCUGGCCCGGCUGGGCCAGGUCUUUGGUCUAACAUCAAAGCAGUGUAUAUAUACUGCCUCUCUCCUAGCGUCUCUCAAAGAGCCUUCGCAAGUUAUUAUACCGAGCUCUGAAGGUCUAUCCCAGAUUAAGACCAAAAGUCUGUGGGAAAUCGAUGACCCUUUGAAGUUUUUUAUGCAAAGCUGCAAAUUUAAUCCCGGCUUCUGCGAUGAUCCAGAUACGCUCACGUUUCAAGAAAUUGAGGACCUGAUAUCCCUUUACUUUGGUAGUUGUCAUGCCCUAAUACCGGUUUUCAACGAAAACGAGUUUUACAGCUACUACCUAAAGUUCAAGGACGGCCUAAUCAAUGGUAAAGAACUAUUUGGUGACACCAGCUCCUCUUUCGCUCAUCGCAGUAAAUCUAUCUCUUACAAGAUAUUUGCUUGCAUUUUGAUGGUAGUGUGUCAAUUUGGUAUCAUGCUCAAAGUCAAGUCUGAAAACCUGGGGCCCAACCACAAGUUGAGUCGUGCCAUGAACUACUACAAUACUUUGAUCCCUGCACUGAGGUCUAAUCCAUACUUCACUGUCAAGACAACUUCUAUCAAAACGUUGCAAUUGACCUCCCUGCUCUUAUUUUACUUUUUGAACACGGGAGAUGUAUCAUCAGUUUACGAGGUACGAGGAAGAAUCGUUUCAAUGGCGCAACAAUUGAGGCUACAUCGCUGUCCUAGUGCUGUUUUAGGUACCGAAGGCUCAACAAUGAGCAAAAAUGAGCAAGGUGAUCGAAGACUGCUGUUCUGGGGUAUCUAUUACUUGGACGUUUUCUCCGCGCUUCAAUUGGGUGUUCCCCGUUUGAUGAAAGACCACGAAAUUGAAUGUGCGCUUCCCCUCAGUGAUAAUAACAAAGAGGGCGUCAGUUUAUCAGACCAAGUGGUAAAACUCGAGGGACAAGUCUCUGAGUUUUCGCUGUCGCUGCUACGAUUUUCUAAAAUCUUGGGGAACAUUUUGGACUCCAUUUUCAAGCGAGGAAUGACAGCAACCACAGCGCAACAGGUGACUCUGAUACACGAAAACGCUUUAGAUGAUUGGAGGCGAGGGCUACCGCAAAACCUUAAAUUUCAGUUGGAUGUGAAUGGAACAGUUGAUGCAAAGGAAUUUAGUCAGUCCACUGAUUGGAAUCAGGAACUGGGGAACAGAGACAAAAAGGCUCUUUUGACUCUUUAUUUCAUGAUAAAAUGUUUGGUUCAUUUGCCUGUAUUAGCCGCAAAACCACUAUUGGCUGGACCCAAUGGCGAACCAGACCCGGAUGAUACGCUUGCUGCAGAUGACCCAAAUGGCUCUGCCGACCGCUCUUCUUCCUAUGUGCUUUUGCAACAGGCCAUCAACACGUUUUUGAGUGUGCAGUCUUCCCUCGGGAACUGUUAUUUACCGCUUGCGGUAAACAUGCCAAGAAUAAAAGCCCAGUUUGCUCUUUUAAGCGCUCGGAGCACCUUGGAUUAUACCAAAGGUGGGACACUAUUUCAAUUCAAUAAGGGCUUGCUGCUAGACGUGAUAAAAGAGCUGGAAACAACAAAAGUGCUUGAUAUUCCGGGCUCGCUUUCGUGGCACAGUUUGAUUUUACUUGACAUGGCUGUUAAUGUGAUUCUGCAGCCUCCGCAAACAAAGCCAGAAAAGCUAGAUAAGCUUUUGGAGAAGCGGCUGCGGUACUACAACAAGUUGAUGGGUCGUCCUUCUACUAAUGCGGGCUCGAAACGGAAAAAGGAAGACCAAAACGGCGGAAGUGGACUCAAAUUAACUCCAGUGAGCUCCGAAUGCGAGUCGCCCGCUGAAAAAAGAGUGAAGCUCGAACAUAGCGGGAAUCGAAUCCCACAUAAAGAUGAUUGCAAGGCCCCUAUGCAUGGAAGAGACGACGCAAACGGUGGUGUUUCUAACGCCAGUCAUAACAACCCCCAUAACGCCAUUGCAGAGGCUUUUCAUUUCGAUGCAGUUUUGAACAACAACUCUUUCAGUAAUGCGGAUCUGACCGCUUUUUUCACAGCAGAAGGAGCGGUGCCGAACCUGGGAAGUGGUGCAUCGAUAUUGAACCUUGCAGGAAUCGAGAAUAGUGCUGUAGAAAUGCCCGCUAAUCCAGGAAACGGGUCAGGAACCCGAAAUCAGCUUCAAAUGUCUUUCAACGACGGCCUCUUUCGGGUGCCAAGUAACGGUGAUUUCCUGAAGGACUAUUAUCGGGUGCCUGGAGCGUCUUCAUCUCAGCUUAACUUGAUGUUCAUGGGCAGCCAUGGUGGUGGUUCGGGCCGUGACGCGUCUCACAAUACUGACAAUGGGGCUGCAAUGGGACCGAGUGUGACUGCACAUCCAACGUCCAUGAUGGCUCGAGGAUCGGGCUUCACGGUCGAUGCGUCUCUGGGACUGGCGCCGCUACUGGCCUGGAGCCCAGCGGGCGCUGAAAGUCAUGACACACGGCAGUCAUCGCAUCAAGCACCAACUACCAUUCAGGCUCGACAACAACCUGCUGCUGGCCAUAUUCCUCAAUACCAGUCCAUGCAAACUUCUCAUCAAGAUUUCUGCGACGACUCGGCCAUCACCAUGCCGGCAAGACCGCAGCGCGGGCCACGGCGACGCUGGAACGCGCCUCCCGACGCCAGGGACCACAUGCAGCAUUCGACCCAGAACCAGAACCAGGGAGACAACGAGGGAAACCUACAAGAGUUGUUUCAAUGGCAGAACUCUGGUUUUUAG